CCCCGGAUUACCCUACACCUACACCUACACCGAAGGCAGUGCGAACUCUACGUCUGUGCAGCAGAUGACAACUUUUAAAAGUAAUUUUAUCCUCUAAUACCGCAAUUUCAAAUGUUUUUUACAGCUGUUGAUGAGGAGAUCCGGAGUCCUACCAAUGUUGACACUUGGGAAGCAAAUCUAGUUGAAAAGCUGUACACGUUGACACAAACAAGUAAAACAAAGUUUCAAGAGUUUGCAGACGAGAUCAACCAAAGAGCAAAAGCAGCAAUGGCUGCAGAAGCAAAGCUACGUGAAGAAACGGAACGUCAACAUAAAGAGAUAGAUGAAAAGAAACAGAAGGUAGAGGCUGGCUUGCAAACAGAACGACAGCAAUGGGAAGAUGAAAAGAAAGCUAUGGAACAUAUUCAAAAAUUCCAGUCUAGUCUAGUCAAAUUGAAUGUUGGAGGCCACAAGUUCACCACAACUCUCACAACUCUGAAGAGUCAACCAGACUCUAUGCUUGCAGUUAUGUUCAGUGGACGUCAUCAACUCGCGACUGAUGAAGAUGGAGCUUACUUUAUUGAUAGAGAUGGCACACAUUACAGGCAUAUUCUCAAUUACUUGAGAGAUGAUACCAAUCUUGAAGUGACUCUUCCACAAACAAAAAGAGAGCAGACUGAGCUUCUUAAAGAGGCUCAGUACUGUCAACUGAAUAAACUUGAAACCAGAAUUAGGAUGAUGAUGUGUCCACGUGUUACUCAAGAGCAGUUGAAUGAAUGUUUUACCACCAACUCUUACCAAUAUGGCUAUUCUUCGACUGGCAGUGAUCUCGGAAAGCAAACAGUAAGAACCAAUAAUCGAGCAAUGAUAUAUAAUGAGCAUGAUUUGUCUGGAUUGGACUUUUCAAAGACACUCUUUCAUUAUCCUGGAGGUUCCUCCUUCAAAAGAUCAUUUUUGCAACAAGCUAACUUCUCUUGUUGUUGCUUUCAACCUGGUUGUAACGUUGAUUUUUCGGAUGCUGAGCUAUCAGGAGCCAAUUUUCAAAAUUGUGAAGGUCUCACCACAGGAGGAGUCAAUUUCAAAGGAGCCAUACUGGAUAACGCAAAGUUUGACGAUGAUGUGAAACAAAAACUGCUUGAAGAACUAAAAGUACAGUCUAAAGACAAAUGACGCAUUUGUAUGUUCCUUAGCAGCUUCUUGAUCAACUUCAUGUGAUAACUCAUAUUAUAUAUGCUGUACGUUGUUGUAUUGAUUGAUGUUGCCAAGUAAAAAUGUUGCUACAAAUGCAGUUUUACCU